UUAGUCCCCGUAGUUGAAAAUACCUGAAAUACCAUCCCUAAACUUGUCAUAGGGGUUCACAUACGGUCCAUUAUACUGUUUGGUCUACGUAUUCGCUGAUUUGGCAGCGGUCAAGUCGUUCCACGCUGGUGCUGACUGCCACCUCGUCUCCAGCCGCUUGAAUAUGCAGGAAAGCAGGGGGUCUUUUGCAAAUUAUGCACAUAAAACAGCUGCCCGCUCCCCACCUGGUCGGACCGCCCCAACCUAGUCCGUCCCCGCCGCCAACCUAGUCCGUUCCUGUCGCCGCUUGCUGCCAUCUGCGGAGAGAGAGAGACCAUGGCUUCCGCCGUCGCUUGUAAGGGUGCCGCGCCAGCCAGCCUCCUCAAGUCCGGUGCUCCUGUGGCCUUCUGCGCGCUCCAUUCUCCCGCCGACCGCCGCCCGUACAACACCCAGGUCAAGGAGGUCGGCCGCUACGACGACGACGACUACAGCGGCCGCGACCUCGUCAUCCCCAGCUUCUUCUCGCAGGACGUGCUCGACCCGCACAGCGCGCCGACCAGCAUGGCCCGUCUGCUGUCUCUGAUGGAGACCGGCCUCUCCUCCAUUGCUGGAGCGUCGCGGCUCGGACGGUGGGUGGCGAAGGAGGACGCACUUGUCGCGUCAGUGGCUCCACGCUUCUUCUUGCAUAAACUAGUUAGUGCUUUCUCAGACCAGCUCACUCCCAGGCUUGCAAGAUACGGAAAGUGGUUCAACGACAGCUCCGACGACAUCAGAGGCUGCUGCGACAAGGCUCUGCAGAUCCUGUGCGCGCACUACGGGUGGGAUGUAAGGCUCGAAUUCUGUUCACUGUUCUUUGCUCCGCUUCCCUCGCCACCAAGGAACAUCCUGAUGAUCAAGGGCGAGGGCGAGAAGCAGCCCUGGGACGGCGACGACGACUCCGCGGUGCCGAGGUACAACCGCCGCAUGGAGAUGCCUGCUGACGUGUACAAGAUAAACAAGAUCAAGGCCGAGAUGAAGAAUGGCAUCCUCUGGGUGACCCUGCUCAAGGUGGAGGAGGAGGAGCGCAAGAGCGUCUUCCACGUGAAGGUCGAGUAGAGAGGCGAGUCAAGUAGUCCUUAGUGGUAGUGCUCAUGGAAGAUGGCCAGUGCGAGAGUAUGAGAGACGCCUUGUUGAUUUGGUGAUGUUUGGUGUCUUUCU